AUGGAUUCUGCAUCGUCAAAGACCAAAGCUUUAGCCCUUCCGCUUCACAUCUUAGGCUUUGAGCUCGAUGAGUUAUCUCCGACACGUGUCACCGGUCAUCUUCCCGUUUCUGCAGUCUGCUGCCAGCCUUUCAAGGUGUUACACGGUGGUAUAUCUGCUUUGAUCGCCGAGGCUUUAGCAAGUAUAGGAGCUUACAUGGCUUCUGGUCUCAAAAGGAUCGCUGGAUUUCAACUCUCAAUCAACCACUUCAAGAGUGCCGAUCUCGGAGACCAUGUCUUCGCCGAGGCAUCUCCUGUGAGCACAGGCAAAACCAUUCAAGUGUGGGAAGUCAAGCUUUGGAAAACAACAAACGGUUCUGAGAAUGCUAACAAAACCUUAAUAUCUUCCUCUACAGUCACACUUCUCUGCAACCUUCCUGUCCCUGAUCACGCCAAAGAGGCAGCAGAGGGGUUCAAAUUGUUCUCCAAGUUGUAG